AUGGACGCGGCAUCCCUCUUCAAUGUCAAGGACAAAAUCGUCCUCGUAACAGGCGGCGCCAAGGGCAUCGGCCUAAUGAUCUCAGAGGGCUUCGUCGCGAACGGCGCAACAGUGUACAUCUCGUCGCGGGACGCGGCGACGUGCACGUCGGCGGCGGAAGCGCUGACGCAAAAGGGGCCGGGCAAGGCGUUCGCGAUCCCGGCGGAUCUCCAGAAGCUCGAGGACUGCGAGAAGCUAGUGGCGACGCUGUCGGAGAAGACGGGCGGGAAGCUGCACGUGCUGGUGAACAACUCGGGGGCGGCGUGGGGAGACUCGUUCGAGACGUACCCGGACUCGGCGUGGACGAAGCUGCUGACGCUGAACCUGCACCGCGUCUUCACCCUCACCCAGCUCGCGGCGCCGCUGCUCGAGGCGGCGGCCGCCGCUUCCGCCGGCGCCUCCGACCCGGCGCGCAUCAUCAACAUCGGCAGCGUCGACGGCCUGCGCGUGCCGCUGAUGAGCAGCUUCGCGUACAGCGCCAGCAAGGCUGGUCUGCACCACCUGUCUCGCGCGCUGGCGAGGGAGCUGGGGCCCAGGGGCAUCACGAGCAACACCCUUGCGUGCGGUCCCUUUGAGAGCAAGAUGAUGAAGGCGACGCUGGAUUCCAUGCGCGACACCAUCGAGGGGGAGAUACCCAUGCGCAGGAUCGGCACGCCGCAGGACGUCGCCGGGGCGUGCCUUUUCCUGUCGUCGAGGGCCGGCGCGUUUGUCACUGGUGCGACGAUUACUGUCGAUGGCGGAAUUGUUCUGGCUUCCAAGUUGUAA